AACAUCCAGUUCAGUACAGUACAGUGAAUUCUACAAGCAGAUCCUUUCAGUGCCUGCAGUCAAGUUCAUUGAAGGUCAGUCGCCCCGCUGUCUUGCCUUCUUUCCAUGUACCAGGAGGGGAUACCCAACAGUAGAAGGGGAAUGUGGACGUAGGAACGAAUGUAGUAGAAGGGGACUUGUACAGUAGAAGGAAGUUGAGAACAUGGAAAUGAAUAUAGUAGAAUGUAUGUACGGCUUGAUGGGGUCUUCCCAUCCUUUUCGUUCUUUCCCUGUGUUCUUCCCAAAAAAUAAAGAAUAUAAUAGAAGGUAUUGUGAACAGGGGGGACUCAAACAGUGGAAGGGGAUUGUGAAUAGGCGAACGAACUGUUCAGUGAGCAGAAAGGAAAAGGAAAUGCUUUCAGUUGACCAGCAUCGCAUAAUGUGCCUUCUCUAGUGCCACUCCCCCAGCCACAAAAAAGUUUAUGGCAGUGAACGAGUCCCGAUAGCCAGGGACAGGUGACCACGGACGAGCCUCGUUGUGUAUUGAAGAUGAAUGCUCUGCUAAGACUAGAAGGUGGUAUUUGUCCUCAGCACCGGCAUUCGGGUACUGGUUGAUGGAAUAAGGUUGUGCUUGCCACGAAACAAGUAAAGCAGGGGAAGAAUCCGAUCGCCCCUUGAUUGUCUGCAUUUACUCUCGGGCCAUUCUGUUGCGUGUCGAGAUAAGGAUGGCGACGUGUGCCUCUUCUCCAACAACAGCACCGAAAAAGUAGUCCAUAGUCCUUAACCACUGUCGGAUCCGGAU